AUGGCGGAGGGCUUAUCGAUCCAGCAGUCUGGGACGUCGGUCAGCAGUAAGCAGUGGCCGACCCCAACACAUGGAGACUAUAUACUCCAAGACUUCACUUUCAGCUCCGGCGCAACGAUUCCGCAGUUGCGAUUGCACUACCAAACCCUGGGCACCCUGAAGACCUCAGACAAUGGCAGGAAGACAAACGUGGUCCUCAUAAUGCACGGGACAGGUGGCUCAGGCGAGCAGUUUCUCAACACGCAGUUCGCAGGGGGGCUCUUCAACCCGGGGCAGCUGCUCGACGCGCAAAAGUACUUCAUCAUCCUGCGCGAUGGCAUCGGCCACGGCCAGUCCAGCAAGCCCAGCAACAGCGGCCUGCGGGCCCGGUUCCCGCAGUACCGCUAUCAGGACAUGGUCCAUGCCGACUACCGCCUGCUGACGGAGCACCUGGGCGUCAACCAUCUGCGCCUGGUGAUGGGCACAUCCAUGGGCGGCAUGCAGAGCUGGCUGUGGGGCGAGGCGCACCCAGGCUUCAUGGACGCGCUGAUGCCUCUCGCGUCGCUGCCCGUGCAGAUCUCGGGCCGCAACCGCAUGUGGCGGAAGAUGGCGAUGGACGCGAUCCGGGCGGACCCGGCGUGGCAGGGCGGGGACUACGCGCCGGGCGAGCAGCCUCGGGCCGGAUUGAACACGGCGCUGGACAUCCUGACGCUCAUGUCGUCAAGUCCGCUGCAGUACCAGGCGCAGGCGCCUACUAGGGACGCGGCGGACUCGUUCCUCGAGGAGAAGAUACGGUCUGGCCUCGCGACGACGGACGCAAAUGAUCUGCUGUUCGCGCUGGACGCGUCAUUUGAUUACGACCCUCGGCCUGACCUGCACAAGAUCACGGCGCCGCUGAUUGCUGUCAACACGGCGGAUGACCAGAUCAAUCCACCUGAGCUGCAGAUUCUGGAGAAGGAGGCAAAGGCUGGGCUGAGGGAGGGCCUGGGCAAGGUUGUUGUGUUGCCCAUCGCUGAAGAGACGCGAGGUCAUGGCUCGCAUACUGUGGCUAAACUGUGGAAACAUCUUCUCGAAGAAUUGCUGCUCAAGACUGAGGAAACCUGA